AUGUCGCGGGUGCUGGUAAUCGCCGCCUGGUGCUUUCUGCGAGUGGAGAGCCGGCAUCCUGAAAUCAUCACGAGUAACGGCAAUCACGGCAAUUUCUUGGACAACGACAAGUGGCUGAGCACCGUUUCGCAGUAUGAUAAAGACAAGUACUGGAACAAAUUCAGGGAUGAAGUGGAGGAUGAUUAUUUCAGAAACUGGAAUCCAAACAAGCCUUUUGAUCAAGCCCUCGAUCCAUCCAAGGAUCCGUGUUUGAAGGUGAAGUGCAGCCCACACAAAGUGUGUGUCACUCAUGACUAUGAAACUGCUAUUUGUGUAAGCCGCAAGCAGCUGGUGCACAGCAUUCGACAAAAGAAAGGAAACCUGGCUCAGAAGCACUGGACUGGAGCAGCCAGCAUAGGGAAAUGCAAGCCUUGCCCCAUGGCCCAUGCCAGUGCUGUCUGUGGCUCUGAUGGACAUACCUAUACCAGCAAGUGCAAGUUGGAGUUUCAUGCCUGUACUUCUGGAAAAGCCAUCACAGCUCGAUGUGAAGGGCCCUGUCCCUGCAUUCCAGGACCUGAAAGUUCAAAACACAGGAUGGAGAAGCCUGCCUGCACAGACAAAGAACUGCGGAGUCUCGCCUCGCGGCUGAAAGAUUGGUUUGGUGCUCUUCAUGAGGAUGCCAAUCGAGUCAUCAAGCCAACCAGCUCGGAGACAGCACAAGGCAGAUUUGACACCAGCAUACUACCCAUCUGCAAGGACUCCUUAGGCUGGAUGUUCAACAAACUUGACAUGAACUAUGACCUGCUGCUGGACCCCUCAGAGAUCAGUGCCAUCUACCUGGACAAGUACGAGCCGUGCGUCAAGCCCCUCUUCAACUCCUGUGACUCCUUCAAAGACGGAAAGCUUUCCAACAACGAGUGGUGCUACUGCUUCCAGAAGCCAGGAGGUCUUCCUUGCCAGAAUGAAAUGAAUAGAAUUCAAAAGCUAAGUAGAGGGAAGAGUCUGUUGGGUGCUUUCAUCCCACGCUGCAACGAAGAAGGUUAUUACAAAGCCACUCAGUGCCACGGCAGCACGGGGCAGUGCUGGUGUGUGGAUAAGUAUGGCAAUGAGAUAGCUGGCUCCAGAAAGCAAGGGACAGUCAGCUGUGAAGAAGAGCAAGAAACCUCAGGGGAUUUUGGCAGUGGUGGAUCUGUUGUAUUGUUGGAUGAUUUGGAAGAUGAACCUGAAACAGCACAAAAAGAUGAAGAAGGGAAGCUGAAGAUUCAUGUAAGAGCAGCUAAUGAAGAUGAUGAAGAUGAAGAUGAUGAUAAGGAUGAUGAAAUUGGUUAUAUAUGGUAG